GACCUUCUCUCCAGAGGGAAGAGCCAGCCCUUUUGGGAAGGUCUGCCAGAGACAAACAGCUGGCUCUCCUAUACACACAUCCUGCUCGCACACGGAAGCUGCUGGGAACAUGGCUGGUGAUUUAAUUCUGCUCGCGGCUGUCUCUCUUCUUUCUGCCCUCCAGCAAUAUCAUUUUGCUUGGCUGGUGGGGAAAUCAAGAAAGAAGCAUAAGGUCAUGCCCCCAGCUGUCACUGGAGCUCCAGAAUUUGACAGAACAUUUCGUGCACAACAAAACUGUGUGGAGUUUUACCCAAUAUUCCUGACUCUCCUCUGGACUGCAGGAUGGUUUUUUAAUCAAGAAUUAGCUUCCUUUCUGGGUCUGUUGUACGUGUUUGCCCGCUACAAGUACUUCCAUGGUUACGUACAGUCUGUGCAAGGAAGGUUAACAGGUUUUUAUUUGAAUGUAGUAAUUCUGAUUUUGUUGAUAACCCUGGGUGCAGCUGGGAUUGUUAACAGCUUUCUGGAUGAAUACCUGGACUUCAGCAUUAUGAAGAAACUACAUAAAUCGUUCUGAAGACUGUUUUAAAAAAAACCCACAAAACAAAACACAACUAGAAACAAACCAUGGGGGAUUUCUCCGAACACCAGAGAGAUUAUAAACUUAGUGUGAAUAAAGUUUCAGAGCUCUUUACUAACAGCCCAUCGCAAUGUGAAAUGCAUGUUUUUCCUGACCUGCUCACACUUUCUCCAUUCCCUACACUCUUGAGUCAGCAAGACAGAACAUCAUGUCAUAUCUACAUUUGCAAUUAAGUGUUCUGUUUUCCUGUACAGUAUUGUAAACCCUAAACAAAUUACAUAAAACUAUAACCAUCAAUUAUCAAUUCAUUAAAUAAUUUAGUUGCAACUGGCACUGCAAGGGUCAGCCCGUCUUACCUGAUGGCCUUCAG